CAGUACAAGCCUAUGUGACCUUAAGGAAGAGUUAUGUUCAAAAAGCUGUCAUCCAUUUGGCAGUCAUACAAGUACCGAUUUGUGCCAUGGAUUGCUUUGAAUCUGAAGAAGAGACACGUCACCAUAUCCAUUUCUUGUGAAUGAAGGACAAGACAAGUGGGGCUGUGACAUACUAUAGUAUAUGAAUUCUCUUGAGUCCUUUCUGAAGUGUUUUAUUUUUUUAGCCUCUGAGGAAAUCUACCAGAAACAAUGCCACCCUUUAAGCCUUUUCUUUCUCUGACCAACAUAUGUAUUGAAUGGGUGUUACAGUGGCUCGCUAGGAAUGUCAGGCGGCUAGGAGCACCAAAGGAGCGCCUGAAACAGCGGGAAUACAUAACAGCAAACCUCAAUUCCAAUAUCAGACAGAGGCUUCUCAACAUCAUUUUCCAACAGCACAUGUACAAGUGGGAUCUGUCAAGCAAAUGCCUGAUACUGGAGCUGUUGGGAGACCGUAGUACUCAGAUCGUUGACUUCACAAAAGGAGGCUAUGGCUUUGUAGAUGAGGUAUGGCACUUCUACCGCACGCUUACCAUUGGCUUGAUGGUCAAUCUGACUAAGAUUGGUGUGACCUGCGACUUGAAGACAGAGUCAGACAAGAAGUAUUUAGCAGACAUUAAUCACACUUUCUAUCGAAUCUUCAGUCAGAUGAAGAACUUGCGAUGGGUGAUUCUGAAGGGGGUUGCUGACACAGUACUUCUUGGGAUGAUGGGGACAAAUUGUCCUUAUCUUGAGUAUCUAGAUGUCAGUGGGUCCUAUAAGGUUGAUGAUGAGUCUGUAGCAAACCUUCUGCUGAAAGAUCCUUUAUCUGUAGAGGGCAAAAAUCUGCAAAAGCUAAGCCUACAGGAUAUCCCAACACAACCUUGUGCCAAGAACUUAAAGUAUGUUUGUUUGAGUGAGACUAAUGUGAGUCUAGUAAGUGCUGUUAUUCUUUUGCAUUAUGUCCCCAAACUUCAAUCGUUUGGGGGAGACAUUCAUGCAGGUUCCAUAAGCAGUGUCAUGGAAGUAUUGCAGCCAGAGGAAGGUCACAUGACUUUCCAGCUAAAAGAAUUGUGGGAUGCAAGGAUCCUACCACACCAUGCAUCUCUUAUGAACAUAAUGUGUCCUCAUCUCACCUGCCUCAACACUGAUGCUUCCUCUCUUAACUGCCUUCAUAUUCUCAGCUCCAUCUCAUCCCUCACUCUCUGCCUUUACUACCGUAAUUUUGUGAAUGAGAUAUAUGACUAUCUCCUCGGUAAUGGAGAGAACUUGAAGAAGCUCAUACUUGUAGACCACAUCAAUUGCUGCCUUGAUCUGUCAUGGCUGGUGGGACUCACACCCAACUUAGAGCAUUUAGAAUCUUCUGUAGACUUGCUAGAAGGAACAGAGAUGUCAGACUGGCCACUCUUAAAGUUUGCACGGGUAACUGUUGGGACUUCCAAGGCCCUCCUAGCUCUUUUGACCAAAGCACCUGAAUUGAGAGAACUGGAUAUCACCUUUGUAAGAGAGCCAUACCAAGAGACCUUUGAGUGCAUCAACGAUGACCUAAUCGUCUACGCAGUAAUUGAAGAUGGCCUUAGAAAAUUACACAAGCUAAAGAUUAAUGAGUGUGCCAUUGGCUUGAAAGGAAUAGACUGUCUGCUCUUGCACUGCCCUGACUUGUGCUACCUAGCCCCUCUUGCCUUCUGGCAUGGGCUCUCUAAUCAGGAUUUGCACUCCCUCAUUCAGCGAAUCAAGGAGAAUAACUGGCAGCUCAAGCUUAUUAUGCGCACAGACUGGGAGGAUGGCCAAGAACUGCGGAAGAUUUUAAAGGCUUCUUGAUAUUCAUGAAAUUUACUAAUUAGUGAUUAGUAAAUACCUCUACCUUCAUGUGUUGGUUCAAAAAGUCUUAAGGUGAUUUCUGUAUGUGUUAUAAGAGUUCAUUCUGGAUUAAAGUUAAUCCAAAUUCACAGUACUUGCACAGAAGAUGCAAGACACACUACCAGCUGCACAAAUCAGUGCGACUAUCAGUAAAUCUGUUGUUUUACAUGAAAAAGCAGGUAUCUGUGUAAUGGCAAUUAGCAUUCACCCUCUACUAGUUUCAUAUUAUAUGCUAAUGCCGAUAAGGAAACAUUUGCUAGAGACGAAAUAUGUAUAUAUAUACAGAUAUAUGCUAGUAUUAUAUCAUGCCAAUGUACAUCUGUUAGUAUAAAUAAAAUUAUAUAAAUGGCUUCAAGUAGCCUAUAAAUAUUAUACACAACCAAAAUGAAGGUGUCAAACAAAAAUAUGGUACUCAUAAUAUCAAUUUAUAAUCCCAGGAGUUUUCUCAGUGAGUUCUUUCCAGUGUUUGAUUGCAGGGCAUGGGUAGGGUAGUUUUCAAGGGUGUUGCUAGCGAGGAUCAUGAUAACAAAUGUCCAUGCGGUUUUGAAGUCUAGUUUAAAGAAUCAGAAAGUUUGUACUUUAUAUCUAAAAUCUAAUUGUGAUGUUUUCAAAAGCCCCCUCUCGUUUGAUUAAUAUAUUGCAUAAGUUGGGAAUAUUUUUUCCAAUUGGGAAGUAACAUUGCCUUUUCUGAGUCUGUAAACUCUGAAAUUCUCAAUAGGAUAUUCUUUUUGUUUUCCCUUUCAAUGUUGAGAGUUAUGCCUGCAGUUUGAAUAUCCCACAACUUAUAGAAAUAUAUACUGAUGAAUUUUCACAUACAUCUUUGACAUGAAAUCUUUUCUAUGGAGUUGAUGCCGCAUGUGCAGGAUUAAACUUUAAGCUCAAAAGUGAAACCUGGUCUGGAGAUGAUCUAAAUUUAAUCCUGGACGCUGCCAUUGCAUACGUGCAUUAGAGAUCUGGCUUAAACUUAAAUACUGGAUUAACUUUUAUGGCACGUACAGAAGACAUCCAUAUUUAACCCAUUGCCGCCGGGGAAAACGAACAAAAAAUGGGGAGAAUACUGUACUUAUUUUUUAUAUUUUUGUGAAAUAUCUCUGUCCAUAGAUGGCUCUGCUAGUCCUGAUUUCACCUUUCCAUGAAUUGGCGGGAAAAAAUGUAUUCUUAUUAGUACUAUAAAUAUAGACGGUGUUAUUUUUAACAGCAAAUUAGGAUAACAUUAAAUAUUUUCGUAAAUCGAUGAAAAGGGUGAACAGGCGAGACAUGCAGUUCUCGUAAUUGGCUCAUUGGAUACUUAGUACAAGUGUAGCCAUCUACGUAUAAAAACAAUCAAACAAGUUGACUCAAAGUGGGAAUGGCAUGUACGUACAUGCCAUUCCCGGCGGCAAUGGGUUAAAAGUAUAUAGUCCUUGAAAAUCGUAUUAUCUUCCUCUCCAUAUAUUUUUUUUCUUCUAUUUCCUUUUCCAUCUCUUUAUCUUCUACUUCUACCUACUCUUCCUACUCUUCUGCCUCUUCUUCCUCAUUUUCCUUUUCAUCUAACUUCACUUCCUCCUCUUCCUCUUCCCCUCCUCUUCUUCUUCUUCUUCUUCUUCUUCUUCUUCUUCUUCUUCUUCUUCUCCUCCU